AUGUCCCUCCAAACCCCCCUCUGCCCCCUCCUCAAUAUCCAACACCCCGUCCUCCUCGCAGGAAUGGCCCGCGCCUCAAGCGCCCCUCUCGCCGCCGCCGUCUCCAACGCCGGCGGUCUAGGAACAGUCGGCGGUCUGGGCUACACCCCCUCCCAACUCUCCGAGAUGCUCACAGAGCUCAAGUCCCUCCUCCGCGAUCCCAAUCUCUCCUUCGGCGUUGAUUUAGCUCUGCCGCAGGUUGGUGGUAAUGCGCGCGCGACGAACCACGAUUACACGCAUGGGCAGCUUGAUGAAUUGAUCGAGGUUGUUAUCAAGCAUGGGGCGAAGCUGUUUGUUUCGGCCGUGGGUGUUCCGCCUGAGCGAACGAUAAAGAGGUUGCAUCAGGCUGGGAUUUUGGUGAUGAAUAUGGUGGGCGCGCCGAAGCAUGCGGAGAAGGCGUUGAAGUUGGGGGUUGAUAUGGUGUGUGCGCAGGGUGGAGAGGGGGGUGGGCAUACGGGGGAUGUACCAUUUUCCGUGCUUGUGCCUGCGGUUGUGGAUGUGGCGAGGAACUUCAAGAGUCCGUUGACAGGACAGCCAGCGCUGGUCGUGGCUGCGGGGGGUGUUAAUGAUGGGAGGAGUUUGGCGGCGGCGUUGAUGCUGGGAGCUGCUGGGGUUUGGGUUGGGACGCGGUUUGUUGCGUCUGAGGAGAGUGGUGCUAGUCGGCUGCAUAAGGAGGCUGUUGUGGGUGCGAGGUAUGGGGAGACUAAGCGGACACUGGUUCUUUCAGGACGGCCGCUGCGCAUGCUGCCGAAUGAGUAUAUUAAGGAAUGGGAGAAGCGGCCGGAUGAGAUUGCGCGGUUGACAGCUAAGGGUGUCGUUCCUAUUGAGCAUGACUUUGAGAACGACAAGGAGGUCGAGAUCCCGUAUUUGAUGGGUGAUGUUUCAGCCAUUGUGCAGGGAAUCAAACCGGCCGGUGCGAUUGUCCGGGAAAUGGUUCAGCAGGCUGUAGCCAUGUUGAGACAAGGUGGUUCAUACAUCACCAGUGAACCUGCGAGCAAACUGUAG